AUUUCCAGCCGGAAGUAGGUUUCCAAUGACACGGAAGCCCUAUCGGGCCGCCCAGUAGACCCUUCCGUGCUACCCAGGCCAGGGACCCGCCCGGACCUUAGCAGGCGGGGACAGCGGGCACAAGGCCUGCCCCGCUCUCCCAGGAUUUCCCAGGCAUAACGGAAGUGGGUGGGGCUCCUCCGAGCACCACCCCUGCACGAUUGGCCAGCACGGCUGUCUCUCAGCGUUCUAGGGGGAGGGGCUGGGCGAUACUUACAACUAGGGCCGCGGGCGCGGGUAGCCAGUCGGGUGGGAGGCGCCGUAGCAAAAGUUCUGGGCACUGGUGCCGGUGGCUCGUGCCAUGGAACCGAGCCCCGACGUGUCCCCUGGGCCUUCCCGCUCCUUCAAGGAGGAGUUGCUCUGUGCUGUCUGCUACGACCCCUUCCGCGAUGCCGUGACUCUGCGCUGCGGCCACAACUUCUGCCGCGGGUGCGUGAGCCGCUGCUGGGAGGUGCAGGUGUCGCCCACCUGCCCGGUGUGCAAGGACCGCGCCUCGCCCGCCGACCUGCGCACCAACCACACCCUCAACAACCUGGUGGAGAAGCUGCUGCAGGAGGAGGCCGAGGGCGCGCGCUGGACCGGCUACCGCUUCCAGCGCGUCUGCCGCCUGCACCGUGGCCAGUUCAGCCUCUUCUGCCUCGAAGACAAGGAGCUGCUGUGCUGCUCCUGCCAGGCCGACCCCCGGCACCAGGGGCACCGCCUGCAGCCAGUGAAGGACACUGCCCACGACUUUCGGGCCAAGUGCAGGAACAUGGAGCAUGCGCUGCGGGAGAAGGCCAAGGCCUUCUGGGCCAUGCGGCGCUCCUAUGAGGCCAUCGCCAAGCACAAUCAGGUGGAGGCUGCAUGGCUGGAAGGCCGGAUCCGGCAGGAGUUUGAUAAGCUUCGUGAGUUCUUGAGAGUUGAGGAGCAGGGCAUUCUGGAUGCCAUGACCGAGGAGACAAGGCAGAAGCAGCUUCUGGCUGAGGAGAAGAUGAAGCAGCUCACAGAGGAGACAGAGGCGCUGGCACAUGAGAUCGAGCGGCUGCAGAUGGAGAUGAAGGAGGAUGAUAUUACUUUUCUCAUGGGAAUUGGGAGUGUUGUCUUGCCCGGUACCCAGAGUGCUUUCAGGAAUGAUUUGAAACAUAAGGGCCGAAAACGCCGACUCUUCUGCACCAUGGAGCCCGAGCCAGUCCAGCCCGGCAUGCUUAUCGAUGUCUGCAAGUACCUGGGCUCCCUGCAGUACCGAGUCUGGAAGAAGAUGCUUGGAUCUGUGGAAUGUGUGCCCUUUACCUUUGACCCCAACACCGCAGCCGGCUGGCUCUCUGUGUCCGAGGACCUUACCAGUGUCACCAACCACGGCUACCGCGUGCAGGUGGAGAACCCGGAGCGCUUCUCCUCGGCGCCCUGCCUGCUGGGUGCCCGCGUCUUCUCGCGGGGCUCGCACGCCUGGGAGGUGGCCCUGGGGGGGCUGCAGAGCUGGCGGGUGGGGGUGGUGCGUGUGCGCCAAGACUCAGGCGCUGAGGGUCACUCGCACAGCUGCUACCACGACACGCGCUCGGGCUUCUGGUAUGUGUGCCGCACACAGGGCGUGGAGGGGGACCACUGCGUGACCUCAGACCCAGCCACCGCGCCCUUGGUCCUGGCCAUCCCACGCCGCCUGCGUGUGGAGCUGGAGUGUGAGGAGGGUGAGCUGUCUUUCUAUGAUGCGGAGCGCCAUUGCCACCUGUACACCUUCCACGCCCGCUUUGGGGAGGUGCGGCCCUACUUCUACCUGGGAGGUGCGCGGGGAGCUGGUCCCCCUGAGCCUUUGCGCAUCUGCCCUCUGCACAUCAGCAUCAAGGAAGAACUGGAUGGCUGAGCUGGCCCGAGCCUGCUGGCGGCUGCCCAGGUCUUGUGCCACCGCACUGUUUUCUUUCUGCCCCCUUCCUAAUGCCACACUGCCUGGGCACCACUGUGCCCCGCCUCCUUGCCAGGCUCUUCCUUUUGUCCCGUCUGGUCCUUUUCCUUGACUCCAGGCCACGCCUCUCUCCAUGUUUGGUCCCUUCUCUGCCCACGGUCAAGAGCCAUUGGGUGGCACCUCACUGGCCAGGCUCUCCCGAGUCGUGGCAUCUCCACAAUGUGAAUUUUCUGAAUCUUCAUUCCAGGACUUCUGGGAAUAAUGUUUACUUCUAGAAUGGGCCAGUUUUAAACCAUCUCAUCCAGGUGUGGUAAAGCCAGUGGCUGAGGAGAGGACUGCCCUGGAAAGGAGAGUUUGUUACUCAUGGUUCUGGGAGGAGGGGCCGCAUAGGAAAGCCCCAGGGUGUGUCAGCAGGUGGAAGGAGGGAGUGGAACGUGUGUGCACGGGACUUCACUGUGGUUUUCUCAGGAAGCAAUGGGUAAGGCAGGGUAAGCAGGGAAGACAGGUUUAGGGGUAGCUGGCUUGAGUAAUUCAGUGGCUCUUGGCAUAGGGGCUGCCUUCUCUGUCUGAUACCUCGCCCCGGGAUAAUCAGGACGGGAAUGUUGAUGUGGGUUGUGACAGCCCGGUAGAGCCACACGAAGGAGGCAGCUGGUGCUAUUGCUCUGGAUUCGAUGGUUUCGAUAGGAAAGGCUGCUCUCAGCCCGAUGCUUGCUGUCACUAGAGACAUGGGGAUUGGCUAGCCUGGGAGGAGCAGUCUGUCCAGGUCAGCGAGGCCCGGAUGCCAGAUCAUCAAGAGUACAGGAAACAAAGCUACUACAGGGCCUCUGCGUGGCUGAAUCCCCUGUCUCCAUCAGAUCAGCUCUGAUUGAUCUAUUUAUACCUUCACGGUUUCCUCUGAACGCAGGCUUCCAGAGCCCCUUCAACACAACGUUUUUAAAAUCGUGGUUUUGCCUGUUCCCUUGCUGGGCCCCAGUUUCCCCACCUGGAAAUGACAUAGGACUGGAUGAGGACGUCUUGCUGUAGUUGCUGUAGAGGAAAUUCCUCUGGUUAAUUCUCAUCAGCUUUUGCAAAAAGGAAAGAAUGAGGGUACCCUUUUCAGUUGGGAUGAAAGGAGAGGGGUGGCUCCCUGGAUGUGGCCCUAGACGCUGCAGGAGAGGGAAGAGGAGGCUGGGCCUUGCUGCCUUCUUGUCUCUGCUGACUUCAGCCAGCUCAUGCUCACUCUGCCACUUGUGAUUUCAUCCCGAAUUUCUUCCUCCACCGUGCCUGCAACCCUCUUGUCUCUGCUGACUUUAGCCAGCUCCUGCUCGCUCUAUGGCUCGCGAUUGCAUCCCAGGUUUCUUCCUCCGCCGUGCCUGCAGACUUUCCUGGGCUUGUUUUUUCUCCUUCAUCUCUCAAGAGAGUUUUUAAUCGUCAACUCACCGUGUCCCAGGAAGUGGCAUCAUAAAAGGAUUUUUUUUUUUUUCCUAAAAGCAGUGUUAAAAUUGGGGUCACAUUCCUGACCAAGGACUCUGCAUCCCACCUCCUGCCCAUUCCAGUUCACAAAAACUGACAUUUUAAAAAAUCACACCUGUCAAUUGGUUAUCAACGUAUUGUGUACACUGGUUACAUAAAACUUAGGGCUACAAGGAGGGCCCAGGUAGGAGAUGCCAGUGUGUGAAGGGACUGGUUGGGCGUGGUGAUAAUGUUGGAAAAUCAGUGCAUGCACCUGGUGGGAGGAUGCUCAACCUCAGAAAAGCUCCAAGCCCUUUGGGAGCCAAUGCAUCCGAGAGUUUGACUCUCUCUAUAAAGUAUUUAUCCCACCCAUCAAUAUAAUUUUGAUAUAAUAAACUUGACCUGAAAUUAUUGCAUUAAUUAUAUUAAACUUUUAAAAAAUGUUGUUUUACUUUCACCUUACAUAUUGGAAGGGUUUUUGGUUUUAGACAGGAUAAUUUGCGCAGGCUAGGCCUCUUGAAAAAAAAAAUCAAAAAUGAUAUUUAAGCUAAGACUCUUUCUCUUUUGGCAUUUCCUUUUCAGUGUUAUAAGCAACAUUCAACCAUGUUGUAGCAUGUGUUCAACUCUAUUUUUUUGUUGGCUAAUAUUCCAUUGUAUGGGAUGACAGUACUGCAUUUUAUUUAUCAUGCAUCGAUUGGCAGCCACUUGGGUUGUUUCUACUUCUUGACUCUUACACAUAAUGCUGCUAGAAACAUUUAUGUACGAGUUUUUGCGUGGACGUAUGUUUUCAUUUCUCUUUGGUAUUUGCCUCAGAACAGAUUUGCUGGAUCAUGUGGAAACUGUGUAACCCUUGAGGGACUCCCAAGCUGUUUUCCAACGUGGCGACACAAUUUUAUAUCCAAGAGGGUCUGAGGGUUCUGAUUUCUCCACAUCCUUCAGUGCUUUUUAUUAUCUGUCUUUUAACUUAGCCCUCCUAGCAGGGGUGAUGUGUUACCUCAUUGUGAUUUUGGUUUGUAUCUCCCUGAUGGCGAAUGAUACGAGCAUCUUUUCAUGCGCUUCUUGGCCAUUUGUAUAUCUUCUUAAGACAACAAUGUUUAAAUCACUUGCUCAUUUUUUAAUCGAGUUACUUGCCUUUUUAUUAUUGAGUUGUAAGAAUCCUUUUAUAGCCGAGCACAAGUCCCUUUAUCAGGUAUAUGAUUAUAAAAUUUUCUCUGUGAGCUGUUUCAUUUCCUUGACAAUGUCCUUUGAAAUACUAAAGCUUUAAAUUUUGA